AUGACAACCAGAUUCCACCAUGACAAUCUGACUGCUUUUGGCGCUCAUCGAGCGUCAUUGCAAUCAGUCGAGAGUGAAUGGCGAUCUGGCUAUUUGUUUUUGAUUUUGUUGAUUGCGAUGAUCGUUUUCGGCAAUUCUUUGGUGGUGCUUGCGGUUGUGUGCGAUCGGAAACUGCGUACAAUCACCACAAAUAAGUUCAUCGCAAGUUUAGCCGUCUCCGAUCUGCUCGUUGGUAUCGUUGUUAUGCCGCUAUCGCUUUAUGCCAAGGUUAACAACGACCGAUGGGAUUUGGGUCAUCAAUGGUGCCAAUUCCAUUUAGUGACUGGUGUUUUUUCGACAACGGCCAGCAUUGUGCAUUUGGUUGCUAUUAGUCUUGACAGGUAUUUCGCGAUAAUGUUUCCAACUGAAUAUCAACGUCAUUCCGUAUCCACUAGUGCCUUUCCGUACGUUGUAAUGAUUUGGUUGAUGUCGUUCGCUGUCUCGAGUACCAUUUUCAUGGAGAAAACGAUCGAUGCGAACGGCGUUUGUUGGGUUGAAAAUCCACAAUAUUUAGUAUUAUCAUCGAUAUUGUCUUUCUUCCUGCCGGGUGCAAUCGUUGUUUUUCUUUACUUGAAAAUAUUUCGUAAAUUACGUAGUCAUCAAUUGUAUAUGUUCGGUCAAAAUGACAAGCAAAGACGCCGUAAAAACGUACUGUGCGGUGGUAAUAAUGGUCAGCAACGCCGUUCCUUACCACGUGUUAUCAUCGAAGAGGUACGAAGUAGACGUGGUUCUCGCCUCAGUCAGACCGGUAGCAACAACAGUGAAAGUCCGACAAGGCGGUCGAGCGCGAGUGGCUCUAAAUCCGAACGAUCGCCAAGCCAGCCGGACAUCCAUACUGCUCCCGUUAUCCAAAAGAGAUGGCGUUCACCAACGAUUUGUGCCGAGACACUGGAGCAUGAUCGCUCAGUAGCGGCCAAAAAGCGUGUCAGUAUAGUGCCAGAUCCACCGAGUAUGGACAUCUCGCAGAAUACUUAUGCGACAAGCUUAGCGAUUCGCGAGGAACAUCUGGCGAAUAGUGCUGAGGACGCACGACCGCCGAGUAAUCGUCUCACAGACACCGAUGAUAAACUGAAGCCAGUCGAUAGCAAAGCGCCAAUACCUUAUCCGAUUAUUGCCGCUUUUCAUAAAGCUUACGACGAAAUAUCGAAGGGCGACGAUCGUGCCCGACGAUUGCCAUUGAUCAAUGAUCUCGAAGGAACAGAGCCACAAAUAGAUGUAAGGAACGAGCAUCGAAGUAUCACGGCUGGAUCUGAAACGGCAUUAGGUGAAACUCUGGGUAUCGCAGAAACACCGCUGACAGAUUCAGAUGCCACGUCCACCAAACCGUUACUUCCAGAAAAAACCCUCAAAGCACCUGAAGCACUGAGUUGCAUUCGACCGACUAGCUGCCGCAAUCUCGCACCUCCACGACCAAUGCUAUCAUCGACUUCCAAUGUUCUCACUGUACCAACGAAUAUUGCAAGUAAUACUCCUCCUUUAUCGCCUGCCAUUAUGCGUGAAAAUACCCCAACAAGCCUAACGGUACCAAAGGUGUGGGACUAUUCGUCGCCAUCAUGCGCCGUAGCGCCGAGUGUAAAUUCGAGCCAUAGUUCGCACACGUCCGCAAGCGAUGAGACAUUGAGGCGAGUUUCAAUGCACAGCUACGGUAGCAGUCUCACCGACGGUACGGACAGCACUUAUGAGAUUGAUUCCAGACGUUCAAGUGCGUGGUCGACAAUCCGCACGGCCGUUCUAGCUCGUCACUUGGUGGCCAGCAUUCAUUCGAAUCAUUCCGACCCGGCCGUAGAACUUGACAAACAACAAUGUUCACAUGUUAAUAUGGCUCCUCCGAAUGGUACUUAUUCACAGAAGAAAAUGUCGACAAUGUCGCGUGGCAAAUUAAGGCGCAUUGCUAGACAGGUAACAAGAGCGAUUCGACGCAAACGAAGAGAAUCUUUGGCGAUACGACGUGAAUCUCGAGCCACUCGGGUUGUUGCUGCAAUUCUAACUGCGUUUUUGAUGUGUUGGAUUCCGUAUUUCUGCAUUACCGUUUAUCGUGGUAUGUGCACCGGUAUGAAUUUUGCAUUUGACAAGCACUUUCAUAUGCAUUUAUACGUGGUUACAUCGUGGUUGGGCUAUGCGCAUUCUUGUUUCAAUCCAGUCAUAUACACUUGCUUGAAUCGCAACUUUCGGCGAACACUCCGCAAAAUGGUUUGUUUUUGGUGUGAUGCAAACGAUAAAAUGGCAGUGGUUGCGUAA